AUGGCGGCGUGCGCCAACGCGCUGUCGCGGACCGUGGCGCUGCGCGAGCUCGUGAGCACGUGCGUCGACGCCUGCGGCCGCGGCUGCGCGCGCAUCCGCGACGUGCAGCAGAGCGGCGACCUCGGCGCGCAGCUGAAGAUCGCCGGCGACGCGCGGUCGGCGCUGACGGCGGCGGACGUGGCCGCGCAGGCCGCCAUCGUCGGGUCGCUGCGGCGCGCGUGGCCCGGGCUCCGCGUCGUGGGCGAGGAGGACGACGGCGCGGUCGGCGACGGCGACGCCGAGCUCGCGACGCCGCUGCGCACGGACCUCUGCGGCGCGCUGCCCGACGAGCGCGCGGACCUCGACGACGUCAUCGUCUACGUCGACCCGCUCGACGGCACGCGCGAGUUCGUCGAGGGCCGGCUCGACAAGGUGCAGUCGCUCGUCGGCGUCGCCGUGCGCGGCCGGCCCGCGGGCGGCGCCGUCGGCCGGCCCUUUUCGGACGAAAGCGUCGUCUUCGCGCUGCGCGGCGCCGCGGGCGGGCUCCGGGCGGCGGCCGACCGCCGCGGCGUCGUCGUCGUGAGCGGCGACAGCGACGACGCGCUGCUCGCGGUCGCGCUCGACGCCGCGGCCGCGGCCGGCGCGAGCCGAACCGUCGCCGGCGCGACGGGCCACAAGCUCCUCGCGGUCGCCGAGGGCCGCGCGGAUCUGGCCGUGCUCCACCGGAAGACGUGCUCCUGGGACACGUGCGCGGGCGACCCCGUCCUGGCGAGCGUCGGCGGCAAAGUCACGGACUACUUCGGCGCGCCCCUCGUCUACGGCGGGGACGCGAGCAACGCGCUCGGCGUCGUCGCGUCGUCGCCGCGGGGCGCGGCGGCGCACGACGCGGUCUGCGCGGCGAUGCGCGCGGCGCCCGAAGCUCUAUCGCUGCUCCCGGGCCCCGUCGCGGGCGGCGACCACGCGGCCGACGUCGCGCGGGACGUCGCCGGAGCGCCCCUCGCGCCCGCGGACCUCGAGGCGCUGUUCCCCGGGCGGACGCUCGCGUCGUUCCGCGCGCCGGAGCGCGAGGCCGCGCGCGGCGCGCUCUCGAACGGGUGCCGCCUGCGCCUGACCUGGGCCGACGGCGGAGAAGGUUCGGUCUUCUACAAGCGCGUCGUCAUGGCCGAGCUGCCCGCCGCCGUGAAGAAGCAAACGACGCAACCCGCGAAGCUCCUGCGCGACGUCGAGUCGUUCCGCGUGGAAGCGGCGUUCCUCGCGUCGGCCGCCGCGUCGUCCUUCGAGGGCGUGCGCCUGCCCGCGGCGCUCGCGUCGACGCAGGUGCCCGACGCGGCCCACCCCAUCGACUCGCGCUUCGCGCUCUAUUUGAGGGAUUUCGCGCCCGAGGACGGCUGGCGCCAGCGGAACCUGCUCGCGGGCGACGACGCGCGCCGGACCGUUCGGGCGCUCGCGGCGUUCCACGCGCGCUUCUGGGGCGCGGACGCGAGCUCCGCGGGGGACGUCUGGCCCCGCGGCGGCCACUGGCUCCCGGAGUACGCGCCGGACCAGUUCGCGGCGAUCGCGAGCGCCUGGCCCCGGCUCCUCGCGAGCUUCGGCGCGGAGUUCGCCGCCGCGGCCGCGCUGGACGGCGUCGACCUGCCGACGCUCGGCGCGCGCCUCGAGGCCGCCGCGGUGGCCGCCGCGGCCCGGGCGCACCCGCCGGCGGACGCGCCGGGGCGGACGCUGAUCCACGGCGACCUCAAGGCCGCGAACGUCUUCGUGAGCGACGACGAGGUCGCGCUCAUCGACUUCCAGUUCGUGGGCUGGGGCCUCGCGGCGACGGACCUCGCGCACUUCGUGUGCUGCGCCGUCGACGGCGGCGAUCUCCUCGACGGGGGCGACGCGGCGCUGGUGGGCGCGUACAAGGCGGCGUUGCGAGAGGCUUUGGUCGGCGCGGGCCGCGCCGCGGACGACGCCGCGAAAAUCCUCGAGGGCUUCGACGAGCAGUUCGACGCGGGCGUCGUCGACAUCGCGCGGCUCGUCUUCGCCUACCAGUGGCCGCGCAUCGACGCGUCGCCCGCGAACCUCCGGGCCCACGCCCACGUCGCCGCGCGCAACUCCUACAACAAGAACGUCGACAACGCGGUCUGGCUCGUCGCGCGCGCCGACGCGGCGCUGCGGCGGUUCGCGGCGCCCGUCAAGGAGCGCACGUGGCCCAAGUGGCAGGACGACCUCCCCAGCGGCGGCCUCGCCAGCCACGACCCGCACGGUACCAUGUCGGACGACGGCUACGCGCUCUCCGAGGGCGACUUCUCGCCGAGCUCCGUCGCGUCCCUCGAUUCGAUUCUGCGGUCGCAAGUCUACUCGCCCGAAGUCGACUCCCCCUUGGUGCGCGACGACGACGCGACGCCGCGCCGCGGCCGCCGCGACGCGCCCGGGCGGCCCGUGACGCACGCGCGGCGCCUCGCGCUCGAGGUGCAGCGCGAGUUCGACGCGCUCGCGUCCGAGCCGCGCGUGCCGCCGUGGUGCCGCGGCGGCCGCGGGUGCCCCGGCGCCGGCGAGGCGCGCUGCUGCCCCGGCAUGGAGGCGGCGUCGCGCGUCGGCGGCUUGUGA